AUGAGGGCCUUAGGAUGGAACUGUCGAGGGCUUGGGAACCCUCAGUCAGUUCGUGUGUUGCGCAAUAUUGUGCAACAAUGGGAUCCCGAUUUUGUGUUUCUUUCAGAAACAAAGCUGAGAGUGCGGAGUAUGGAAAGGAAGAAAAUGAGUAUUGGUUUUACUAACGGUUUAGUGAUUCCAAGCCAUGGAAGAAGUGGAGGUCUGGCUUUGCUGUGGAGAAAGGAAAUUAAUGUUGAUGUUCAAAGCUUCUCAGAUAGACAUAUUGACGCCAUUGUUACUGAGGACAGGGGGUUUAAAUGGCGAAUAACUGGUUUUUAUGGAAACCCGGAGGUUCAUAGAAGGAAGGAAUCUUGGGAAUUAUUAAAAGUUCUUAGCAGAAAGUUUCAGCUCCCCUGGCUAUGUUUCGGGGAUUUUAAUGAAAUUGUGUCGACUUCGGAGAAAAUGGGAGGAGCUCGAAGAUCUCAGAGGCAGAUGGAUGAUUUUAGGGAAGCUAUUGACUGUUGUAGGUUUAUGGAUCUUGGAUUUUGUGGUCCGGAGUUCACGUGGUGCAAUAUGCAAGAAGGCCGACACAGGAUGUAUCUUCGGCUGGAUCGGGCUCUAGUUACACAGGAUUGGGCUGACCACUAUAAGGAUGUGAGAGUUCAUCAUCUUGUGGAAUCGGUGAGCGACCAUUGUGCGCUUUUGAUCACCGACUCCAUUGUUUUGCAAAGCCCCCGGAAAAGAAGAUUUCAUUUUGAAGCAAUGUGGACGAGAAGAGAUGAGUGCAGGGAUAUCAUCAGGACAGCGUGGAAUGAUAGUGUAAAUCUUUAUAGUCCGAAUGGCAUGGUGGCAGGGCUUAAGCAGUGUGCAGAUGAUUUAUCAAGGUGGAACGGGAAGGUCUUUGGACGGGUUCCUAGACAGAUUCAGAAUAAGAGGAGAGUCCUUAAUGAAUUAGUGUUGAGAGAUCAUGAUGGCAGCAAUGGUUUUGAAAUUAAUAAGAUUAGAAAAGAGAUUAAUGACUUACUGGACUGUGAGGAGAUAAUGUGGCAACAAAGGUCUAAGGUUCAAUGGAUGGGGCUGGGGGAUCGUAAUACUAGAUACUUUCACACAAAGGCCUCGGAGAGGAAAAAGAAAAAUACCAUCUCUAAGAUUUUGGAUGAAAGGGGAAUGUGGAGAGAAUCUGCCUUGGAGAUAGCAGAGGUGGCUGUGUCUUAUUUUGAGAAGUUAUAUAGGACUUCCAAUCCUGAUAAGAUUGCGGAAGUUGUUGAAGCUAUUGAUCCUAAAGUUUCAGCCGAAAUGAACCAAAGUUUGAUCAAGCAAUUCACAAGAGAGGAGGUUGAGGCAGCCCUGAAGCAGAUGCAUCCGUCCAAAUCUCCCGGCCCAGAUGCCUUUGAGCUCAUGCAUUAUUUGGAUCACAAAAAAGAGGGGAAGGAUUGCUACAUGGCAAUCAAAUUGGACAUGAGCAAGGCUUUUGAUAGGGUGGAAUGGGGCUUCAUUGAGCAGGUGAUGGCUAAAUUAGGCUUUCAUGAUAGCUGGACUUGUCUAAUUAUGCAUUGUAUAACUUCUGUGUCCUAUUCUGUGCUUAUUAACGGGGUAGCUUUUGGCAAUAUUAUUCCCUCGAGGGGUCUUCGUCAAGGAGAUCCCCUAUCCCCUUACUUAUUUUUACUAUGUGCAGAUGGCUUUUCCUCCCUUAUUAGUAAAGCUGUUAGGAAUCAGAUGUUGAGUGGCUUGUCCAUUUGUAGAGGUGGUCCUAAAAUUUCACAUCUCUUUUUUGCGGACGACAGCUUACUCUUUUGUAAGGCUAAUAGCCAUGAAUGUCAGCAGUUAACUGAAAUUCUCUGCUUGUAUGAGGCUACCUCUGGGCAGAAAAUUAAUGCCGAUAAGUCCUCUGUUUUCUUUAGUGCUAACACGGCGGGGGAAAAGAGAAAUGAAAUUUUGAUGAUUCUUGGGCCUAUGCAAGAUUCUCGGCAUGGGAAGUAUCUGGGCCUGCCAUCUAUUAUUGGUAAAUCUAAGAAUGAAGUUUUUGCGGAAAUUAAAGAAAGGGUGGGAAGGAAGUUAGCAGGGUGGAUAGAGAAUCUUUUGUCUAUAGGGGGUAGAGAGACCUUAAUUAAGGCGGUGGCCCAGGCAAUCCCUACGUAUGCUAUGAGUUGUUUUCUAUUACCAAAAGGUUUAUGUGAUGAUAUAGAGGGUAUGAUGAGGAGAUUUUGGUGGGGGCAGCGUGGUCAAGAGUCAAAAAUUGCUUGGGUGAGUUGGAAACGCUUGUGCAAAUCAAAGCUUCAGGGUGGGAUGGGCUUUAGAAACCUUCAAGCCUUCAACCUUGCCAUGUUAGCAAAGCAAGGUUGGAGGCUUCUUACAAAUCCGGACUCGUUGGUAGCUCGGGUUUUCAGAGCUAAAUACUAUGCCCAUGGAGAUGUUCUUAAUGCUAGCCUAGGUUGCAAACCAUCCUAUGCUUGGAGGAGCAUAAUGCAAGGUCUUGAGGUUGUUAGAAAAGGUACACGUUGGAGGGUGGGUAAUGGGAGAUUGAUUCACAUAUGGAAUGAUAAAUGGCUGCCUACUCCCACAACAUUCAAGGUGGUCUCUCCGCCCUGUGGUUUUGAUGAUUACCCCAUGGUCUCGGCUCUUAUUGAUCAUGACCUUAGAAGAUGGAGGGCUGAUAUUGUGAAGUCCAUUUUCCUGCCCUUUGAAGCUGAUACGAUUCUUAAUAUCCCAAUCAGUUACAAUCUUCCGGAGGACAAUCUCAUUUGGGUUGGAAAUAGGAAGGGUGUUUUUUCAGUCAAGAGCGCCUACUAUGUUGCUCUUAAUUUGAUGGAUUGUUCAAAUGAGGGAGAAAGCUCCUUUGGGGAUCCUUUGGAGCGGCUGUGGAAGAAGAUUUGGCAUCUCAACAUUCCAUCAAAGAUAAAAAUUUUUGCAUGGAGAGCUUGUCUAGACGCCCUUCCUACUAUGGUGAAUUUGAAGAAAAGAGGUAUUGGAGAGAAUGGGUUUUGCCCUUGUUGUGGAAGUGAGUUAGAAGCAAUUUCUCACUCUAUUAUCCGCUGUGAAGUAGCAAAGAGGGUGUGGGACUGUUGGGAUGUCUGUUUAGUUGAGGAUGGACAGGAGUUAUAUGAUGUGCCGGACAUUGCUUUUCAAAUCAUUGAUAAGAAAUCAGUCCGUGAUCUAGAAAUGUUCUUUACUGUUGCUUGGUCUAUUUGGUUUAAUAGAAACUUAGUUGUUUUUGAGUCAACAUGUAGACUGCCAAGCCAUAUUUGGAGAUUUGCUAGUAACUAUCUUCAUGAAUACAGGGCAGCAAGGAUGGCAGUGAACAAAAGACAGGGUGCUGAAAAUGGUGGGUGGUCUCCUCCACCGCCUGGAGUGUUCAAGGUGAAUGUUGAUGGGGCGACUUCAAUGGAUGGGAGAAACUCUAGUGCUGGCGCUGUCAUCCGGGACUCUUGUGGUACGGUCAUUGCUGCCUGCUGCAAAUAUUUCCAAGGCCAUUUUUCAGUUGCUGAAACAGAAGCUCUUGCCGUGGAGUGUGGAGUCUUACUAGCCCGUGAUAUGAAAAUACCUCAAGUUAUCAUUGAAUCCGAUGCAGCAUCCAUUGUUAGUGAUAUUAAUAACAAGGUUGUGGAUGGUCAUCUUGGCCAUUUGUUCCAAGGAAUUUUUGCUUUGCUGAGUUCUUUCUCAAGCUGCAGAAUCAAACAUGUGAAAAGGGAGUACAACAGAGUGGCCCAUGAGUUAGCCCAUAUAGCUAGAGAUAGUGAAUCUAAUCACAUGUGGGUGGGAGUUCCUCCUCCUACGCUGGUAGAGAUGAUUCAGGCUGACUGCACAGGGUAG